AUCCAGUUCUCUUUAGUGUUUGCCAAUGUCGGAGGUGUAACUGGGGUCUGGCCCUGGACAAAGGAAUAGAGCAUGGCUCAAGUGAAAGUACAGACCUCAGCACCCCUGGCUGGUCCUGGCCUCUCCCCCGGAGUUCCCCCGACGGCCAUGGCCAGCCCAGGACCCCUGGGUCUGCAGCCCUCCGUCAACGGCACAGGCCCGGCCCCCACACCCGCCUGCCCUGCUCCUGCAGUCGGAUAUGGGGACGACCCUGUGUCUUCCACAUCGCCAGGCCCGCCCCAGGAGAACAUGGCAAACCCUAAAGAGAAAACUCCAAUGUGUUUGGUGAAUGAGUUAGCCCGUUUCAAUAGGAUCCAACCUCAGUACAAGCUCCUCAACGAGAGAGGCCCUGCACACGCUAAGAUCUUCACAGUGCAGCUGACUCUUGGGGAGCAGGUGUGGGAGGCAGAGGGCACCAGCAUUAAAAAGGCCCAGCACUCCACAGCCGCCAAAGCUCUGGACGAGAGCGUUCUUCCCAGGCCAGCGCCCCGCUCCCCUAAAGUGGACAUCAACAGUAACCCAGAAAAUGUGUGUCCAAGCAGGCCGUUUGGACAUUUUCCCUUCAUGACAUCACAAAGGGCAGUAACCCCUCCCCCAGGCAGUAUAACACCCACAGUGGAGCUGAAUGGUCUGGCCAUGAAGCGAGGCGAGCCAGCUAUCUAUAGGCCUCUGGAUCCUAAGCCCAUGCCCAACUACAGAGCUAAUUACAACUUCAGAGGGAUGUUCAACCAAAGGUACCAUUAUCCUGUUCCUAAGAUCUUCUAUGUGCAGCUGUCUGUGGGGAGUCAUGAGUUUAUAGGCGAUGGGCGCACCCGCCAAGCAGCCAGACACAACGCAGCCAUGAAGGCCCUGCAAGCCCUGCGCAACGAACCCAUCCCAGAACGCCCCCCACAGAGCCCAGAGGAAAAGGAGGAGAGCGAGGACGGCACUGAUGCCAGCAAAUCAGAGAUAAGCCUGGUGUACGAAAUCGCCCUUAAGAGGAACUUAUCAGUCAACUUUGAGGUGUUAAAGGAGAGCGGCCCCCCGCACAUGAAAAGCUUCCUGACUCGUGUAUCUGUGGGGGAGUUCUCUGCGGAAGGCGAGGGCAACAGCAAGAAGCUGUCCAAGAAGCGUGCCGCGCUGUCCAUCCUGCAGGACCUAAAGAAGCUGCCCUUCAUCCCUGCUGUGGAGAAACCCAAAACGCACUAUAAGAAACGAACCAAGACCAUCCUCAAGACUGGACCAGAUUAUGGUCAAGGUAUGAACCCGAUCAGCCGUCUUGCUCAGAUCCAGCAGGCCAAAAAGGAGAAGGAGCCGGAGUACCUGCUGCUUUCUGAAAGAGGGAUGCCCCGACGCCGGGAGUUCAUCAUGCAGGUGAAGGUGAAUAACGAAGUCGCAACGGGAACAGGACCCAACAAGAAGGUGGCAAAGCGGAACGCAGCCGAGGCGAUGCUCCUGCAGCUGGGAUACAAGGCCUCCACAAUCCCCCAGUCCCCCACCGAGAUAGACAACAAAGGCUGGAACGGACAAAAGGCGUCAUUUACCGAAGCGACGAGUAACAGUGAGUAUCCGCACGUCUCCCUCUGUCUCUCUCCUUUUUCCCCUCCGUACUAUGGCGGCUCAGCCUCCUCGCCCAGUCAGACGGCCACCAUGGCGAGGGAGCUGCUGCUCAACGGUCAGUCACCCACGGCUGACGCCUCCCUGUCCAUGAAGGGGAAGAACCCGAGCUUGGCCUGCAGCGUCUCAGUGCAGCCUGCACAGCAGCUGGACUACCUGGCUCGCAUCCAGGGCUUCCAGGUGCAGUACAGCGAUGCACAGAGCGGCAAGGAUUUCGUGACCUACCUGACCCUCUCCCCUGUGCAAAUGACUUUCCACGGCACCGGGAGCACCCUCCAAGCCAGCCAUGACCAGGCUGCUCUAAGUGCCUUGAAACAGCUGUCGGAGCAGGGACUGGACCCCGUGGACGGCCCCAUCAAGACCAGUGAACCAUGUGGGAGGGAGGACGGACAUUAAACAGACUAACUCAGGCACCACCACUCAGGUCUGCAAGGAUUCAAAGGCUGUCGUCUAGGAGCUGACAACCCUUAUACCCCCUCCUUUUUCGGCAUACACGAACCUGACAACUACCCCCCUGAAACCCUUCACCCUGAUCUCUUAUAACCUACAACCCCACUACCCACAAUUCCCACACUCUCCCUCCCUCCCUCCCUCCCUCCCCACCCCACCC